AUGGCAGUGUAUCUCGCAGAGGUAAUCAUCUCCGAAAUUGACAUCACAUUUGAUGCAGUCAACUACUACACCGACAGCAAGAUUGUGCUUGGCUAUCUCUACAAUGAGAAAAGAAGAUUCUACGUCUACGUCAGUAACCGUGUUCAGAGAAUCCGACGGAGCACAUCACCAAAUAGGAAGGACAAGGCCAGCGGUUUAUGCAAAGGAUGGCACCACUGUCACCUCCCACCAACCGUCGAGGUACUCAGACAAAGUACAUCAGUCAUCAUCAAGACUGUGCAACAUGAAGCGUAUGACAAGGAGUUUAAGUGCCUGGCAUCAGAAACCAACAUUCCCAAGACCAGUCCACUUUGGUCUCUGGAUCCUUUCAUCGACACAGAUGGAUUUUUGAGAGUUGGAGGCUGUCUUUCUGAAGCAGAUUUGGGACCCGAUGAAAAGAGACCGUUCAUCUUACCCGGACGCCACCACGUGGCCUCCCUCUUGGUGCAUCACUUUCAUGAGCAAACACAGCAUCAGGGACGUCACCUCACCGAGGGGGCCAUCAGAUCAGCUGGAUUUUGGAUUGUUGGAGGGAAGAGAUGUGUGAGCAAGGUGAUAUUCGUAUGUGUCACUUGUCGAAAACUCAGAGGAAAGUGUGAGGUUCAAAAGAUGUCAAAUCUUCCCCAGGACAGACUCACCAUGGAACCACCCUUCACAAACGUUGGCAUGGAUGUGUUUGGACCCUGGUCCGUGUCAGCACGACACACAAGAGGAGGCCACGCUGAGAGUAAACGAUGGGCAGUCAUUUUCACUUGCUUAUGCAUCAGAGCUAUUCACAUUGAAGUUAUCGAGUCUCUCGACUCCUCAAGCUUCAGAAAUGCAUUUAGAAAAUUUCUGGCGAUCCGAGGACCUGUGAAGCAGAUACGGUCUGACAGGGGGACUAAUUUCAUCGGAGCCUCCAAAGACUUGGGAAUCCCCUCGAAUGUGGACGAAAGGCCAGUUGAACAAUUCCUUUCCGAACGUGGAUGUGUCUGGACUUUCAACACUCCACACUCAUCUCACAUGGGGGGAAUAUGGGAGAGGAUGAUUGGCAUCACACGGCGCAUUCUGGAUUCUAUGCUACUUCAAAUGGUGUCUUCCAAGCUGACACAUGAAGUGUUGACGACCUUUCUAGCAGAGGUUACUGCUAUCGUGAACAACCGCCCUCUGGUACCUGUCUCUACAGAUCCUACGGAUCCCUUCGUUCUCAUGCCUGCUUCACUGCUGAACCAGAAAUCAGGCCCUUGCCCUGCUCCCAUUGCAAACUUUGGGGACAAAGACUGACUCAAGCAGCAAUGGCGCAGAGUCCAAAGUUUGUCCAACACAUUCUGGCAAAGGUGGCACCAGCAGUAUCUCUCAACACUGCAGACUCGCAGAAAAUGGAUAUCCGACGAGCCAAGUCUGAAAAAAGGAAGUGUGGUGCUUCUCAGAGAUGAUCAAUGCAAGAGGAACGACUGGCCCCUUGGCAUUAUCACAGAUGUGUAGCCCAGCAAGGAUGGAAGGGUGCGGAAAUUACAAGUGAAAGUUAUCAAAAAGAAUGGACCGAACUUCUACAUUAGACCUGUCAACCAGAUGGUUUUGUUGAUUCGUCCGGAUAACUGAAAAUUGUGUGUUUUAGUUGUCGUGUCAAGUAGUGAAACCUCCAGGUUUCAGACGGGGAGUGUUCUGUUAUCCCUGUGUAAUUUAAGACAGUUAUAUGGUUAAAUGUGGGAAACUUGUUGAAAAGAAGUCAGUUGCUGCCACUUACUGGCGACUGUGAGAGCUGCGUGAAGAUGUGUCGUUCUUUGAUGAUGUCAUCAGUGA